AUGGCACCAACUCAAAAGGUCUUGAUGCUCGGCUCGGGAUUUGUUACCAAGCCAACUCUUCAAAUUCUCAGUGACUCUGGCAUUGAGGUCUCUGUCGCCUGCAGAACCCUCGAAAGCGCCAAGAAACUCUCGGAAGGCGUCAAGCUCGCCCGCCCAAUCUCCCUCGAUGUCACGGACGAGAAGGCUCUCGAUGCGGAGGUCGCAAAGAACGACCUCGUCAUCUCUCUUAUCCCCUAUACGUUCCAUGCGACGGUCAUUAAAAGCGCGAUCAGACAGAAGAAGCAUGUUGUCACCACGAGUUACGUGUCGCCCGCCAUGUUAGAGCUCGAUCAACAAUGCAAGGAUGCGGGAAUAACAGUCAUGAACGAGAUCGGCUUGGAUCCAGGAAUCGACCAUUUGUAUGCCAUCAAGACCAUUUCUGAGGUCCAUGCAGCUGGAGGAAAGAUUAUAUCGUUUUUAAGCUAUUGCGGCGGGUUGCCAUCACCAGAGGAUUCCGGUAACCCUCUCGGAUAUAAGUUUAGUUGGUCAUCUAGGGGUGUUCUGCUGGCUCUGCGAAACGCCGCCAGCUACUAUCAGGGAGGCAAGAUUGUCAAUGUGGCUGGCCCCGAACUGAUGGCUGAGGCAAAGCCCUAUCCGAUAUAUCCUGGGUUCGCAUUUGUUGCGUAUCCCAAUAGAGAUUCUACGCCAUAUAAGGAGCGAUACAACAUUCCCGAAGCGCAGACGAUUAUUCGGGGCACUUUACGAUAUGCUGGGUUCCCAGAAUUCAUCAAACUCCUUGUCGACAUGGGUUUCCUUAGCGACGAGGAGGACAGCGCCUUGAAAGAGCCAAUUCCUUGGAAUGAGGCUACGAAGAAGAUUCUCGGAGCUUCAAGUGAUAGCGAGAAGGAUCUCAGCUUGGCCAUUACUAGCAAGGCAAGCUUUAAGGACGAUGAGCAAAAAGCGCAGCUCAUGGCAGGACUUAGGUGGAUUGGCCUGUUCUCUUCGGAAAAGAUUACCCCCAGAGGUAAUCCACUUGACACCCUCUGCGCCACCCUUGAGAAGAAGAUGCAAUUCGAGGAGGGCGAGCGCGAUCUUGUCAUGCUCCAACACAAGUUUGAGAUCGAGAACAAGGAUGGCAGUAAAGAAACAAGAACUUCAACACUUUGCGAGUAUGGUGCUCCAGUUGGUUCAGGAGGCUAUUCAGCAAUGGCAAAGCUCGUGGGAGUCCCAUGUGCCGUCGCUGUCAAGCAGGUCCUCAAUGGCACUAUCUCCGACAAGGGCGUUCUUGCGCCGAUGUCUACUCGAAUUAACGACCCUUUGAUGAAGGAGUUGAAGGAGAAGUACGGUAUCGAAUGCAAGGAGAAGGUUAUCGCAUAA